AGAUAUUCUGGGAUACCGCUCCCAGCACUUCGCAGGGAGACGUGUUUCUGUCACGUUUUUUCCAAGCAGAAUUUCUUCGGGAGAACUGAAGUGUGAACACUUAAAGGUGUUAUUGUUGGACCGAGGAAGUAGGAAGGGAUAUGUUUGGUUUUCCUUCCGUCUCUUCCUCUAAGUGAUGAGGUAUGAAGGUGUUAGUUGGCUGGUCCUUUAAGGCGCUGGAUCCAGUUUCCUCCCAGUCCUACUGACCCGUCGCCUGCCGGAGCUGAGAGAGUUGGAUCGAGACCUACUGGAUCAGAGAGAGAGAGAGAGAGAGGCCACAGAGAGGAACGUCAGAGAAUCGUAGAUCGUUAGAGGAUCCUCAGUCUUCACGACCAGAUCUUUGGAAACGUAACUCACUGUGCCUGGGAAAGGAUCUACUUUCUUAACGUAACCCACUGUGCAUGGGCAAGGAUCUACUUUCUUAACGUAACCCACUGUGCAUGGGCAAGGAUCUACUUUCUUGGUCCUCCACUGAAAGCCAAACAACACCUAAACGGAUGAAUAUUUUUAUGAGGCACCUCCUAGUAGCAGAGAUGGGUCAGGACCAAACCAAGCAGCAGAUAGAGAAAGGCUUAAAGCUGUACCAGGCCAACCAGACUGACAAAGCCCUGCAUGUCUGGACCAAGGUGCUGGAGAAGACCUCGGACCCCGGGGGGAAGUUCAGAGUGCUGGGCUGUCUCAUCACCGCCCACUCGGAGAUGGGGAAGUAUAAAGAGAUGCUCAAGUAUGCCCUGGCCCAGAUAGACACAGCCAGGGAGAUGGAGGACCCAGACUACCUGACCGAGGGCUACCUGAACCUGGCUAGGAGCAACGAGAAGCUGUGUGACUUCCAGAAGACUGUGUCCUACUGUAAGACCUGCCUCAACAUGCAGGGCACCACUGUCAGUCUGCAGCUUAACGGACAGGUGUGUCUGAGCAUGGGCAAUGCGUUCCUGGGCGUCAGUGUGUUCCAGAAGGCUCUAGAGAGUUAUGAGAAGGCCCUGCGUUAUGCUCACAACAAUGAUGACAAGAUGCUGGAGUCUAGAGUCUGCUGCAGUCUGGGGAACUUCUAUGUACAGCUCAAGGACUAUGAGAAGGCCCUGUUCUUCCCGUGUAAAGCGGCUGAGCUGGUGAAUGACUAUGGUAAAGGCUGGAGCCUGAAGUACAGAGCCAUGAGCCAGUAUCACAUGUCUGUAGCCUACAGGAAACUGGACCGCCUGCCCGACGCCAUGGAGUGCUGUGAGGAGUCCAUGAAGAUAGCCCUGCAGCACGGGGACCGUCCUCUCCAGGCGCUGUGCUUACUGAACUUCGCUGAUAUCCACCGCUGCCGGAACGACGUUGAUAAAGCAUUGCCUCGUUAUGAGUCCUCCAUGUGUAUAAUGACAGAGAUUGGGAACCGUCUUGGCCAGACCCAGGUGUACCUGGGGGUAGGGAAGUGUUGGCUCCAGCAGAAAGAACUAGACAAGGCUCUGGAUGCUCUGCAGCGAGCGCAGGAGUUGUCUGAGGCUUUAGGAACCAAGCUGUGCAGUCUGAAGGUGCACUGUCUCAGCGAGGGGAUCUACCGUAGUAAGGAGAGCCAGGAGGAGCUGAGGGAGCAGGUGGUGAAGUUCCUGCAGUGUGUUGAGGAGUUGGAGCUGUACUGUGGAAUGUGUGGCGAGUCCAUAGGAGAGAAGAACCAGCAACUGCAGGCUCUGCCCUGCUCUCACAUCUUCCACCUCCAGUGCCUACAGAACAACGGUUCCAAGGGCUGCCCUAAAUGCCGGCGGUCCUCCAUGAAGCCUGGGUUUGUGUGAGGUUAUGACGCACAGUGCCUGGGACUUGAGGACACUAUGUAAUAACACUCAGUGAUUCCCCAACCACAGUCACAUAGGAGAGCCAGACUGCACUUCUGGAUGGGCAGACUGCUGAACA